AUGAAGGAUUAUAUCGAGCGAAUAUCGAAUAAUUUACCCGAAUUACCGGACGAACUUAAAGCGAGAAUAAUGAAGCAGUAUUGUAUUCCAUUACAUGAUGUUAUAGUAUUAAUGAAUGAAAUCGGUGGUGUAAAAUAUUUUGAGGAGAUUCUUGAAAAAAUGAUUGCCGGAGAUUCAAGAUUGGCUUCUACAAUAAUUCAAGAGGAAGGCUUGAGACAAUUAAAUAAUAUCAGUGAACUUGAAAAAAUCUGUCAAGAGGUUAUUUUACAAAAUCCUAAACAG